AUGUCUCCCGCAGCUGGCGCAAACCAAAAGGAGUCCAACCUCGCCCGAGUGCUUGGUUCCGGAUCUGCUGGCAUCGCCGAGUUGGCUGUCUUCCACCCUGUCGAUACAAUUGCCAAGCGACUGAUGAGCAACCAGACCAAGAUCGCCAGUGCCACCGAACUGAAGCAGGUCAUUUUCAAGGACAAGGCCACUGCUCCCGUCGGCCGCAAGUUCCUCUCCCUCUUCCCUGGUCUUGGCUACGCUGCCGGCUACAAGGUCCUCCAGCGUGUAUACAAGUAUGGUGGCCAGCCUGUGGCCCGUGACUGGCUUACCCAGCACUACGGCAAGGACUUUGAGAACACAUUUGGCAAAAAGACUGGCAAAGCCGUUCUGCACUCUACUGCGGGCAGUUUGAUCGGUAUUGGUGAAAUUGUCCUCCUGCCUCUCGACGUACUCAAGAUCAAGCGCCAGACCAACCCCGAGGCUUUCCGUGGCCGUGGCGUCGUGAGAAUCAUCGGUGACGAAGGUUUCGGACUGUACCGUGGUUGGGGCUGGACUGCUGCUAGAAAUGCCCCUGGUUCCUUUGCUCUGUUUGGCGGCUCUGCCUUUGCCAAGGAGUACCUAUUCCACCUGGACGACUAUAACAAGGCCUCUUGGUUCGAGAACUUUAUCGCCUCCAUCGCUGGUGCCUCUGCUUCCCUCGUCGUCUCGGCUCCCCUUGACGUUAUCAAGACGCGUAUCCAGAACCGCAACUUUGAGAACCCAGAGAGUGGUUUCCGCAUCCUGUCCAACAUGGCUCGCAACGAAGGUUUCUCCAGUUUCUUCAAGGGUCUUGUGCCCAAGCUCCUCAUGACUGGCCCCAAGCUGGUCUUUUCCUUCUGGCUGGCUCAGACCUUGAUCCCGGCCUUUGAUGUCAUGUUCCGAAAGUAA